AUGCGUAGCGGCACUCUCGCAGUACUCUUCGCCAGCACGGCCCUCUUUUCGCCCAUCGCACAAGCCGAUGGCCCAACUUCAACGCCCUCCCCAACCAUCCUCCAGCCAGGUGCCCUCUGGAUUCGCGCCGUAACGCCCCCCAACUACCACAAAUACCUUCAGACCAAGCCACCCAACGUUCCCGGCAAAGCCAUCCUCGACUCACACACCACUGCCGGCCAAUUCAAGCUCGAAGAUGGCCAGCUCAUCAACGCCGUUUCGACCGUCCCGCUCUACCUGUGGGUGGAGGAGCCGGUGGACAAGGCGAACCCGCCGCGCAAGCUGGCAACGUGGUUUAACAUGACGCGAAAUCCUUUCGGAACGUUUGGCUGGCAGGGAGACACGCUUGUCUGGUCACAUCCAAGUGUCAAUAGGCAGAAUCUGGCAGCUUGGCUAGUUUGUGAGAAUCAAGAAUUGUUUGUGAAUACAGGCGCGUAUGGAUGGCAGACGCCAAGUGGGUGUGCGGAUCAGACGAUACAUUACUAUAACGAUAAGACGGCGAAUAACUAA